AGCCAUACCAAUCCCCCGCAAAUUCGUCCUUGCGGGGUUGUGGGGCCCAUCAUCGCGCCGGUACAAGUACCCUACGAUACCAGCUCUCGCACGUCAAUACCAAGAUAACCGGUAAUCCACAAUGGCAAAAAUCUACCGCCCAAACGACGCUUCGCUUUCACCGCUAUCCUCAAAGACAAUACUGUUCGCAGGAUACGGAAACCAAUCACGCUCCCAGGCUCUCAAUCUCCGUGACACGUUCGCCUCAAACCCCGACGUCUCCGCGCCAAAGAUAUUAAUCGCCAACCGCACGGAUUCGUAUCACGAGACUGCGAUCGCGGAUGGGUUUUCGGUGACCAGCUUCGCGGAGGGGGCGAAAGAGGCGGAUGUGGUGUUCCUGCUUGUGCCGGAUCAGGUUGCGCCUGCCCUAUACAAUUCAGAGAUAGGGCCCAACCUGAGGACGGGUGCGUUGGUGGUCGUAGCGAGUGGGUUUAACGUCUUUUAUAAAAGGUUGGAGGUUGAGGGUGUUGAUGUUGGCAUGGUUGCGCCGAGGAUGAUUGGUGCGGGUGUUAGGAGUAGGUUCCUGGAAGGGGGAGGGUUUCCGUGCUUUGUUUCUGUAGAGAAUAAUUUCAGUGGAAGGGCGCUGGAAAUGAUCUUGUCCCUUGCCUUGGGGAUAGGAGGGUUAACGGCUGGUGCUGUCGAGUGCUCUGCUCGCGACGAGACGCUCAUGGACCUAUUCGCUGAGCAAGCGGUCUGGCCGAGUAUUAUCGUCGCAUUUAGAGAGGCGUAUUCCACUUUGAAAAAACUCGGCUGCUCCGACGAAGCGCUAGUUCACGAACUCUGGCUGAGCAAAGAGCCCGCAGAAGUAUUCGAGAAAUGCGCGGAGGACGGCUUCAUCGCGCAACUAAAGUACCAUAGCACCGUCAGUCAGUACGGCCAACUCAGCACCAGUCUAGGCAUGGACGCUACCAAAUUGCAAGAAUUCUUCAAGAACGUUGCAGAGAAGCGAAUUCUGGGCGGUGAGUUUACGAAGGAGUUUAUCGACAUUGAUAAGGAGGGGGGCGGAAAUGGGAUGGAGAGAAAGCUGGGAGGGUUAUACGCAGCAGCGUCGACUUCGGAGCUGGCGGUUGGCGAGAAAAAGGUCAGGGAGAGAAUGGGAUUGGACAAAGUUUGAUUAAAGCUUAAUCUUCGCUGCCACGCCGAGCAAAUUUAUGAGUCAACAAAUUCGAUGCCAUCCACUCA